UCUUCCUUGCUGGUCGAGGAGCGCGCCGCAACUGGUGCCGAAACCCGGGAAGGAAACUUCGGACACCAGGUGAGGGGUCGAAGAGGAUUCAGAAGUCAACACACGGAGUGGUGACGUUGGAAAGUUCUCCAGGAACGGUGACGCCGGUAAGUUUGCCAGGAACGGUGAUGACGUCGGUAAAUUCUCCAGGUAUGCUGAUUGCUGGGAUUAAUCCGUUUGUGUUUGCUCUUGUGUUCAUUCUUAUGACAAUUGUUGUUCUUCUUUGCUGUUUUUUACAUGCAUGUCUUAAGGAAGGACACAAUGUGGAAAUCAUUAGAAAGGGACGCAAGGCAUUAAUUAAGCACCAGGAUAGUCUAUCAGAAUCAGACUUUAAAGGGGAGAACUUAAGUAGGCCUAAAAAGAAGAAAGAAAAGAGUAAAGAAAAGGAAAAUAAAGAAAAUAAGCCAGAAAAGGAAGGAAAUUCAGAGAAGAAAGGGAACCCUUUUUAUCUAGUAUUAGAGGAAUUUGCAAAACUUGAUUUAUCUGAUAAUGAAUUAGAUUCAGAUGAGGAGGAAAAUUUAGAGAAAGCUGCAGCUGAAUAUGAGGAAGAGAGAUAUGGGUGGCAGCGGCCUCCUCCUUAUAAUGUUUCUGCUGGGGUGAAUGUGGAACCAACGGCGCCUUCGGGACCACAUCCACCCCCGGCACCACUUUCGUAUCUACAAACAGGUGGAGGUUGUCAUUUUAUCAGGAGGGACACCUGGGCGCGGCUAGCAUCCGCGUUUCCAGUUUUUGAAGAUCCGCAAUCAAACAACAGGUAUCAUGAACCUGUGCCUUAUAAAUAAUUAAAAGACCUGGUAGAGGCUGCUCGAGCUUACGGAGUAACAGCCAGUUAGUGUGCAGUUUCAGAAUGGUUCCCGAGCAGCGAAUUUGUCUAAACAAUUGUCUAGUUAUCUUAUAGGAAAUUGGUCCGGAGAAUUUGAAGAGACCUUGGAGAAACUGAGAGUGGUGGUGGUGACCAUUGACUCCACAAGAGUGGAUCUCAGCCUGGCAGAGGGACUGUCUUCCUGGAUCGCUUCUGCCUUCUCCCUGUUUAAAGAAUGGGUGGGGGUGGAUAUAUUUUUGGCAUGCUGCCUUGGAGGAUGCGUGUUUUGUCUGUGGUUGGUCUGCCGUUUGCAAGCACGUACUAAAAAAGGACAAGGUCAUUAUCACUCAAGCAUUAGCCGCUUUGGAGUGUGGCUCCUCCCUUCAGAUCUGGCUUUACCUAAUAUCCACACAGCCUUUGCACCCCCAGGACUGGUUAGUCCAUUGCACUCGGGAAGGUAUGUGGACAGCUUUCACAUACUUGUAUUGAGCACAGGAUGCCAGGCUCGUGCACUGCACUUGAAGUGUAGGACAUUUUCCUUCCUUCAAGGAGAGCAAGUCUGAUUGCAUAUGGAGUCACAUAGCCUUUGCACCCUUAGGACUGGUUAGUCCAUUGCACUUGGGAAGGUAUGUGGACAAUUGUUACAUGUAUAGCCUUUGCACCCCAGGGACUGGUUGGUCCAUUGCACUCGGGAAGGUAUGCAGGCAAUUAUGCACAGUUAACUCAUCCUCGAUCGGUCAACACAUCAUGAGGUGGGGACCUGAUUGGAUGAAAUACUUGUGUUGCAGAAAUCAGACCUAUACUCUCUCCUGCUGCUUAAUUAAUAAAGAGGGGGGAGAUGUAGGGAGCCACCAUUCUAAGAUGGCGCUGGCUUCCUGGUAGCCUAGCUGUAAACAACUCCAUAUUUGGCUA